AUGGACCCGGCCGUGUUCCGCGCCAUCGAGGGGUGCGGACGACGGCGGCGCCGGCGAACGUGGCGGCGGAAGCGUCCGACGGCGGCCUGGCCUGCAGGAGGCGCCCAGCGGCGCGCUGCCCCCCGGCGUGGCGGCGGUGCUCGAGAGCUGGUGCGUCCUGCACGGGGAGCCUCCCAGCGCGGCGCGCUGCGCGGAGAACUCGCGCGGGACCCUGCGGACUUCCGGCUCGUCGGCGCCAGCACCGUGGAGUGCCUCACCGAGGCCGAGCUCGAGGAGAUCACCAGCCGCGUCUCGGCGCUCGACCCCGAGGAAACGGUGGGCGCGUGCGCCUCCGCGGCCGCACCGGCGGCCGCGUGCCUGCUGGCAUGGCUGCAGGCGGCCCUGGCCCUGCGGGAGUGGGCGCGCGAGGCCCGGAGGGCGCAGGGCCGGAGAUCUCGGCAGCGACAGCGCCCGGAGUGA